GACCCCGCCACUCGCCGCCGGCCUGGGCUGGCCCGGGCGGGCCCGGCCGCAGUGCUCCCCCUCCCGACCCCCCGGGUUCCGCGCACACGCCGCGGGGCUGCCGCUGCCGAUCUGCUGGGAUGCUCCGAUCUCCACGGCCAGACCAGGACUCUGCCACCAAAGUCACUGUUUCCAGUUAGAUGCACCCAAACUGAGCAGCUGCCAUGGAAACAGGCUGCCCAGAGGAGCCUGCCCAGGCCAGGCCACAGUCAGUGGCCUGUGGGCAGCCAGAGGGAUGUGACCAGCGGCAGGAGGAGGCUGGGGAGCAGCGGCCUGAGCUGGGCAGUGCCUCUGUGGUAGCUGCAGAGCCACAGCAGCCUCAGCCACCCCCUGGCAAGCUGAAGAAAACGGCUUUCAAGCUGUUUGGAGGGAAGAGGAGCAUCUGUACUCUGCCCAGCUUCUUUGGAGGCAGGAGCAAAGGCCAGGGGAAAGCAGCCUCUAAGAAGGGCCUCAUCAAAUGCAAGACCCACGAUGGGCUCAGCGGUGCUACAUACGAUGGGGUGCAGCUGGAAAGCCCCUCGGAGGGCAGCAGGGACUCGCGGCCUUGCCUGUUGCCAAGCUCCCAAAGUGCUCACUCAGCUGUAGACACCAGCACCAGGUGUGAUUUGGGCCAGGGGGACAGCUCUCCACCAGGGAGCAUUGAGGGCUGUGAGAAAAAGCCCAAUGGUGAGAAGUCCUCCUUUCCCAGACCCAAGAAAGGCCUGAAAGGGUUUUUUAACAGCAUCCGGCGUCACCGGAAGAGCAAAGUUGCUGAGUGUGAGAAAACAGAGCUCCCUGAGUGGACUGGAGACUCGGAGGAGGCCACCAAAGCUCCUGGAGUGGGAGUGGAGAGCCAGGAGACUGCAGAGGAAAGAGGGCUAGGACCUGUCCCUCUUGCCACAGUCUGCCCGGGGAGCUCUGAGGAUGACCACUCAGUAGGGACAGUGGCCAACUGUGGGGAGGCUGCUGAGCCUGGUUGCCUCGUGGCUGAUGAAGGCAGCUCUGAGGGCUGUGGUGGUGAUGUGGUGGUGAUGGCAGGGAAGAGGGACACUCUGGAUGCAAAAUUAGAGUCUGAUGGUGUUGUCUGCACGGAGUUUGACCAUGGUGAUAUGCUGCUGGAUUUCCAUCCAGACUUCAUGGACAAUGACCCUCCCUGCCUACACUCUGGGGAUCUUCUAAGCCUCAUCUUGGGAGAUGCCACAUCCCUGAAGAGCUUUGAUUCCCUGACGGGGUGCGGAGAUGACAUCGCCGAGCCUGACAUCACCGAGAGCACCAUGCCCGUGGAGCGCAGCAGAGAUGCUGCCAAGCGUAGCUCCUGCCUGGUCACCUACCAGGGCGGUGGGGAGGAGAUGGCCAUACCCGAGGAGGCAGAGGAGUAUCUCCACCAGAUAUGGGACAGCGGCGUGGCAGGGGACAGGAGAUACGGAGCCCAGGUGUCCAGUAGCAGUUUGGAGACGCACGCCUCGCACGAGGCGGAAGCCCAUCCCUACCUGGGGGAGGCCAUGGACGGUGUUGACCUUCUGACACCACAGAGUGACCAGCAGGAGUCUGCCCCUAACAGUGACGAGGGUUAUUAUGACUCCACCACGCCAGGGCCAGAGGAUGAAGGCGGGGAUGGGCUGGGUGAGAUCAAGAAGGAGCGCUUGCCCAGGGACAGCUACAGUGGCGAUGCACUUUACGAGUUUGACGCGCUGAUGAGUCCCUCCCAUGGCGAGGAGUCCCUGUUCGACAGCAAGAUCUCGCGCCCGGGCAUCUUCAGCUACUUCUUGGACUUCUGCCUCCCCGCUGAGAAGAGCCUGAUCCAGAUGAUGGAUCAGAAGAGAGGUGUGAUGGAAACAGAAGAAGAGCGGCUGGCGGCCAUCCAGAAGGAGCUGCUCUUCUGGGAGCUGCGGAGGGAGCCCAUCUUGAAACGCUUCGAUGUCCCCAACAAGGAGAAGUGUCCCCGGGAAAAGCAGUGUGUGGAAUGUAAAAGCAGAGCGGCCGGCUCGCUCGGCAAGAGUCAGAGUGGCCUUGGUGGUGAGCAGGUGGCCUCCCAUGCCCCGAGCAGGGGUGUGAACGGUGGGGUUUCAGUGGCUAGAGCUGAAAAUGCGGAGUGGAGGGAUUUUGCAGGGCCCCUGUGCCCAGAGAGCUCCUACAGCAGCCCAAAGGCCCCAGGAAGUUGCCUUAAUCAACUCACAAAGAGCAGCUCGGGGUUCGAUUCGGACCCGGACUGUGGCUUGUUCGGCAUGGCCCCAGCCAAAGCAGGGAUGUUCCCUGGCUACAGACUCCCAGAGCAUGAGCAUGGUGGAGUGGAAACCGCCAGCAGCCAGCCGCAGGCGGACAACGAAUGUGAGCCCGAGCACGCUGUGAACUUCUCCCAAGCGCUGGUGGAGUUUGCCAGCAGCGGGACCCUCUUCUCCAGCCUUUCUGAAAGCCUGGGGAGCUCUGCCUCUGGCUCUUCCUUCACCCAGAACCUCCCUGCCCUCCCCACUAUGGUCACCUUUGAUGUGGUGGACGUGGAGCAGGAAGGAGAGGGGGAGUGCGAGGAGCACCCCGAGAUGAACGCCGGCGAGGACAUCGCUGAGGAGUUCGACGACGGCUACGGACGGAAAGAGUCAUUGGCUGAAUGCGACGAGAGAAUGUCCCCGGGGUACUCCCCGGGCUCCUUCCAGAGCUGCAACUGGGGUGUCACCAGCCUGCCCCGCCACCUGCGCCUCCACAGCCUGAGCCCCUCCAUGCCAGCACCGCUCUCCGUCGACCGCAGGAGCCGCUCGCUUGACACCGAGAGCCUGGAGUUCGAGCUCGGUGACACGCAGGGUGCCAAGGGUGGCCCUCAGCCCUGCCGCCUCUGGGCCAGGCGGGAGGGCGGCAAAAAGGACUCGGGCGGAGCGAGGAGGAGCAGGAGUAAGGAGGACGGUGAGUUGGUGGCUCCUGAUGGUGGGUUGAGCUGGCCAGGCUUGCAGCACCUCCAGCGUGACACUGAGAUGGCCGCUGGGGGGGUGAAGCACUGGGACUUCGCUCCAGCUGUGGCCAUGGAGAGCGCCUGGGAGCCAGCAGAGCAGCCUGGCACCGUGUCCCCUCCUUUCCUCUCUCUUUCCCGGAGCAUCCCUGGAGAAACCCUGGACAUGCAGCCCCAGGAGGCAGAGCUGAACAGACACCCUCUCAGACCCUCCAACUUACCUCUGCAGGGUGAGGCCAGGAGGUCCCGGGAGGCAGCUGGCUCCUACAGGUACCACGGAGAAGCCGCCACCACCACAAAGCUGCCCCACUUGCUACCCUCGGGAGAGAUGGAGCCCGAGCUGCCCCUCAGCUUCCCUUUCGCCUGCUCCCCGGAGAAACGCCCCAAGUGCAAACCCGUGGGCAUCGCCCAGGGCGUCCCUCAGCACCCCAGCGGCAGCACCGAUGCCCUCUGGAGCCCGGAGCGCUGCGCAGAGCCCCUGAAGGGCAGAGCCACCCCUGGGCUGCCCGUGCUGCCUGCCACCAUCAACAUCCCUGACACUGAGUAGCUGCUACAGGGAGGGUGUGGAGAGGGCUGGGGGGGGAGAGAAGAAACCUUCAGCGAGCAGUUUGUGAGGCAGGUGGGGUCAGAGCUGGGCUGGUGAGGGCAAGCUCCUCUCCCACCACUGUGGUACGUGGCCUUGCCUCUAUGGGUCUCUGGCAGGGCUUGGAGCUGCUGCUGGGAUCUGUAGCUCACUUCCCAGGCACUGUCUUGUUUUCCAGCCCAUCCCUCCAACCCAUGCCCUCCAUGGCCGAGUGCCUGGCAGCCCCUGCCACAGGCUCCUGUCGCUGCUAGAACAAGAGCUGGGAAUGGACCCGCUGCCAGCGUGGCAGGUUUGGGGCUUUGCUGCAGGAUGGGCGAGCAAGCCUUGGGGGAAUUUUGGGAAGGAAUUGGGGGUCUGUUUUCUUCCUUUCCUUGGUGAAAUGUUUUGGUUCAGACUCAUGUUGAAUGUCUUCCAUCUCAGUCUGGGUUUGGGGAGGCUGAGGGGAAGGGUGCCAGUUGUUUGAGAGCGAGGGCACGAGGGGUGUCAGCUGAAAGGGGAUCUUUCCAGUAACCUCUGUAUUUAUUACUUGUUUUCUCCUUUCCCCAAAGGAAAGCAGGAGCUUCUUGUGUGUGUGCUGGUAACCUUUCCCAGGUCUGCUUUUAAUUUGCUCAAGGAUACCCACGCUCAGAGAGAUGUGCUGCUGGUGGUGUCCCUUCAUGGUACAAAAUACUGGGCCCUUCUUUGUUGUGGUCUCUCUUCACGGGGUUGUAAUUCCUGGUUGAAACCAUUCCCAUGCUCCUCACCUCCCAGGCCAUGGGUACACACAGGAGGUGUUGGAAACGAGCAGCAUUUGCAUUGUGCCUGUAGCUGUGGAGUUGCAGAUGCUGUUACUUCCUUCAAAAGGAAGUUUUGUGGGUUGGGUUUGGUUCUUGAAUUAUUGUUUUAGGGUUGUUUUCUUGGCAGAAACUCCUAGGAGGAGAGUUCUGUCCAUGGGAGUAGGGGGUGUGACACAGCCUAAAUUAGGCUUCGUGGCUUCUUCCUCCUAGCUGGAGGGGACAAAAAAGCUGGAGGUUGCUGCUGGUUUGGGAUUUCUUUUUCCCUCUUGGAGUAGGGAGGGAGGGACUCUAGCUAUGGAGGCAGACUGUGUCUGAGAAGGUUCUGUGAGCGCCUAGAAACAUCUGUUUCAGGUCCUUGAGGUGUCUCCCACCUUUGUGACCUCAAACAUGCUUGUCUUAAACCCAGACCUCCCUCUCCAUGACUUAGAAAGCUUUUUCCUUCUCUCCAACCUCUGUAUUCUGAUUUUAAUCCUGUUUCCCAAGGUGAUUUCUGUUUCACCCUCCAGGCUGCCCCUGUUCUUUGCAGCUGAGGUGGUAACAUUAAACAAAAUAAUCCUGAGCUGGGAAUAGCCCAAGUUUUGUUCCAUCUCCAGAGCAAAAUGUGGGGCUAGGGGUGGCUCUGCUCACCCCAACCUGCUUUUCCUGCCAACCCCUGCCCAUGAUGGGUGUGAAAGUGUC